AAGAAAAAGCGAAUAACAUACCAAUACUCUCUCUCAUUUAUUCUCCAACUCUCUAAAUUCUUUCUUAAUUAUUCAAAAAAAAAGAUUAUUGUUAUUUGAUUCUUGUUUUCCGAUCAGUUCGGACUUUUUCCGAUCGUCGUGAUUGUGGAAUUGUACCGGUACGUCAUCUCUUUGUUGUUCGUUUAUUGUGAAAAUUUGGUGUAACUGAUGAUGAUGGAGACGUCGGAGUGUGGGAGAGCGGUGGCGAUGGAAUUUCCGGAGAGUGAUACGCCUUCGAUUUCGCGUGUGCCGAGGAGGAUUCGGAAGAGGCUUCUUCUUUCGGAGUGCAAGACUCCUACCGUGGAAGAGAUCGAAGCGAAGCUUCGACUCGCCGAUCUCCGCAGACAGCAAUUCAUUGAAAGGGUGUCAAGCAAGGCGAGAACAAAGCCAAGAAGCCCUUCUAGAUCCUCAUCAAACGAGGAAGACCUUGGUCAGCGCCUUGAAGCGAGGCUUCAAGCUGCUGAGCAGAAAAGGUUGGACAUGCUGGCAAAGGCUCAGAUGCGCCUAGCCAAGUUGGAUGAGUUGCGGCAAGCAGCAAAAACUGGUGUAGAAAAGCGUGUUGAGAAGGAACGUGAGAAGCUUGGCACAAAGGUUGAAUCACGGUUUCAGCAGGCAGAGGCAAAUAGAAUGCUUAUUCUGAAGGCUUGCAGUCAGCGAAGGGAAACUCUAAAUGAGAGAUCAUCACAAUCAUUGUCACGGAGGAUGGUUAGAGAAAGUAAAUAUAAGGAGCGUGUGCGUGCUGCUAUUCAUCAAAAGCGUGCAGCUGCUGAGAAAAAGAGAAUGUCCCUGCUGGAAGCAGAGAAGAAGAAAGCCCGUGCUAGGUUUCUGCAAGCUCGACGAGUGGCUAAGUCCAUCUCACAUCAACGCGAGGUUGAGAGGAGGAGAAUGAGAGAUCAGUUGGAAGACAGACUGCAAAGGGCAAGGAGACAAAGGGCAGAGUACUUGAGGCAGAAAGGAAGGACACAAAAAUCUAUUCAAGUGAAUUGUACCAGGAUGCAAGCUGAUUUGCUUUCUAGAAAACUAGCAAGGUGCUGGAGGUGGUUCCUAAGGCAGAAGAAAACUACUUUAGACUUGGCAAAAGCCUAUGAUUCCUUGAAAAUCAAUAAGACAUCAGUGAAGUCGAUGCCAUUUGAGCAAUUUGCCCAUUUAAUUGAAUCAUCGGCUACCCUUCAAACUCUGAAAGCUUUGCUUGAUCGUAUUGAGAGCCGCAUCAAGGCCUCUAGGAGUGGUGGUGCUGCCGAUCAGCUAUCCAGUCUGGAUAACAUUGAUCAUCUUCUCAAAAGAGUUGCAACUCCAAAGAGAAAGACCACUCCCAGGACUUCAAUGAGAAGCAGAGAGGGUAAGAGAGUUACCUCAGUGAGGGAGACUGCCGAAAGUCUUGCUAAAUCAUCAAGAUAUCCCGUCAGAGUCUUUCUUUGUGCAUACAUGAUAUUGGGCCAUCCCGAUGCGGUUUUAAGCGGUCAGGGGGAGAGAGAGGUUGCUUUGGCCAAGUCUGCAGAAGCAUUUGUUCAAGAGUUUGAGUUGUUGAUAAAGAUUAUUUUAGAAGGUCCUAUACAGAAUUCUGAUAAAGAAUCUCAAUGUGCAUUGCCCAGACGUUUGACCUUUAUGUCACAGCUCACAGCAUUUGACAAAGCGUGGUGCUUCUACCUGAAUUGCUUUGUGGUGUGGAAGGUUAAGGAUGCUCAGUUGUUGGAGGACGACUUGGUAAGAGCGGCAUGCCAGCUUGAACUCUCAAUGAUUCAAAAAUGCAAGUUGACUCCAGAAGGAGAUAAUACUGCUCUUACUCAUGAUCUGAAGGCUAUUCAAAGACAGGUUAUGGAAGAUCAAAAACUUUUAAGGAAGAAAGUGCAACAUUUGAGUGGAUGUGCUGGGAUUGAAAGAAUGGAAUGUGCACUAUCUGAAACACGGACUAAAUUUUUUCAAGCAAAGGAAAGUGGGAGCCCAAUGGAGUCGCCACUUAUGUCCUUUAUAUCUCCAAAUAUCCAUGGUUCUCCUAGUUCUCCGACUGCUCAAACAGAUAAUAGUGGUCGGACUCAGACACAAAACCGUGUUGUCCGCUCUCUGUUUAAGGAAGAUGGCACAUCCCCUUCUAUAAAGUACGUUUCCUCUGUGCCUUGCAGCAGCCAAUCAGUUGCUGGGCUGGGUUCUACCGAAAAGCAUACGGUCACUGAGAAUGAAUUGAUUGUUAAUGAAUUCCUUCAUGGACAAUGUGGGUUUGUUGAUAACUUCAGUGCCAUUGACGAAGAUAAAAAUAGCUUAAAGGCAAAGAUGAGAGAAAUAAUGGAGAAGGCUUUUUGGGACGGGAUCACAGAAUCCAUGCGACAGGAUGAGCCUGAUUUUGACCGAGUUAUCGAGCUUGUGAGAGAAGUGAGGGAUGAAAUUUGUGAGCUGGUUCCUCGCUGUUGGAGAGAAGAAAUAACCGAUGCUAUCGAUUUAGAAGUUCUCUCCCAGGUGAUGAAGUCGGGCAAAUUGGACAUUGCUUAUCUUGGAAGGAUUCUGGAAUUUGCAUUGGUGACUUUACAGAAGCUCUCCUCUCCAUCCAAUGAUGAUGAAAUCAAGGCUGCUAACCAGAGGUUAUUGAAAGAGUUAGCCGAGAUAUGUGAAGCCGGGGAGACAUCGGAAAAUUCUCCUUCCCUUGCAAUGAUCAAGGGUAUACGUUUUGUCCUAGAGCAGAUUCAGGUUCUUAAGAGAGAGAUAAGCAGAGCUCGUAUAAAGUUGAUGGAGCCAUUGUUAAAGGGACCUGCUGCUUUGGAUUACCUUACGAAAGGUUUCGCUAACCGUUACGGAUCGCCUUCUGAUGCGAUCUCAUCUUUACCACUGACCGUGCAGUGGCUUUCAUCUGUCUGGAACUGCAAAGAUCUGGAGUGGGGAGAACACCAAAAUUCUGUGUCAACUUUGAAGGCAAAAGAUACUUCAUCUCAGGAGCUUUUUACUUCCAUCACGCUUAAAACCGGUGGAAACUAUAAUUCGGGAAAUUCAAGCCGAACUACGUUUGGCAAUCCUAGUGCUUCUAACGUUACAGGUCAUGAACAAUCAGAAUGUAAGGGAGAGAGAGUUGAUGUACUGGUUAGGCUCGGGUUGCUAAAGUUAGUGAGCGGAGUUUCCGGUCUAACACCGGAUGCUUUGCCAGAAACCUUCGCGCUUAACUUCUCUAGAUUGCAGGGCGUCCAGGCUGAGAUUCAAAAGAUCAUUGUAAUAUCCACAAGCGUUCUUAUUUUUAGGCAAAUCAUCUCGAGCUCAAGCGAGCAAGUAGUGGCUAGCUCCGAUGACAUGGAAAGAAUAACAUCAAACUGUGUGGAACAGCUUUCGGAAUUCUUAGACCGUGUCGAAGAUACGGGAGUCGAAGGGAUCGUUGAAACAAUCAGUAGUGGCAUAGUAACAGACGAGACGAGGAAGGCUAUGAUGGCCAGGAUGCUAGCAAAGUUCUUGCAAGCCGGGGAUCCAGUGUUCGAAAAGGUGUCCAGUGCUGUUUAUUUAGCUUUUAGAGGGAUUCUGCUCGGGGGGAGCGGUUCCCAUGGUAGACAGUUAGCGGGAAUUGCUCUCCGUCGAGUUGGAGCUGGUUCUUUAACCGAAAGGGUCGUGAAAGAAGCCGAGGUGUUGGCGGUUGCAGCCACGGUGUCCGUCCACGUCCACGGGCAGUGGUAUGCUACCUUGAUCGGUAAUGUGAAUAAUGUGUGAAAAAAAAGGCUACAUUUAAUUCUGAGGAACAAAGUAUGGUCAGAUGGAUUUAUCUAACUUGUAUAUGAUCGGUUUAAUGGAAAUGUUGUGAUGUAAACAAUGUAGUUUGGUUAAUGGAAAAAGGAAUAUAUUUGUCUGCA